AUGCUCACCCGACUGAACUCGGACGCGGAGGGCGCGAUGAGCAGGCUAGAGCGUGUGAAGAGGAUGCUGGACCGCCUGCACUUGCGGGACCGCAACAGGUGUUUUUUCUGCAUCAUCCUCUGCAUGCUGGCCGCCCUGGUUGCCAUCUUCAUCAUGGUCGUGACGUCCUACGCCCGCGAUCCCGCGCCCGCGCUCGCGCCGCCGUGCGGGCGUGAGGCGGCCGCCGCUGUGGAGGCUCUGCGGCGCUCCGCGCGGGCGCCCCUCCCGAGGGAAGAGGCUCCAGGCCUCUAUUCGAUGGGAGCGGAGCACAGUCGGACCGAGCCAUCAUCAUCAGCAUCUUCGCCUCCAUCUUCGUCUUCAGCCCCCCUCCCGGGUGCCGGAUGUAGCGCUAGAGGCAGCGGCGCGCGUCCACGGAAGGCAGCGGCGCUGAAAAGGCGUCAGAAAGACCUCUGA